UCCCUCUAUAAAAAGGCAAAGAGUAGCCUAGGAGCCAUCACAGACUCAGAGGGGACAGUCUCUGAGUAAAGCUCCUGCAAGACCUGGCUGCCAAGCCCAGGAGAGAAGGAUGAAGUUCGCUCUCCAUGCCACGCUGUCCUUGGGGAUGUUGGUGCUCUGUCUUGCUGACCGCCCAGCCCAAAGUCCCAUCCGAUGGUGCACAAUAUCUGAUGCAGAGCAGAGAAAAUGUAUGGAACUGAAGACGAAAAUGUCCUCAACCCCUUCAUUAGACUGUGUGAAGAAAACAACUCACCUUGACUGCAUUAAAGCCAUUGCGGUGAAUGAAGCAGAUGCCAUUAGUCUGGAUGGUGGACACAUUUUCGAAGCACACCUUGCCCCAUAUAAUCUGAAGCCUGUUGUGGCUGAGGUCUAUGGCACAGGAAACGAUUCGGUCACCAGCUACUAUGCUGUGGCUGUGGUGAAGAAAGGAACUAACUUCACAAUAACGGAACUUAAAAGGAAGAAAUCCUGCCACACCGGGUUGGACAGGUCUGCUGGCUGGUUCACUCCCAUUGGGACCCUCUUGUACCGUAAAAUCCUAUCCUGGGAUAGAGCCACUCCCAUAACCCACGCUGUGGCCCAGUUUUUCUCAGCCAGCUGCGUCCCUGGUGCCCCCGCAAAUGAACCAAAUCUGUGCCGCUUAUGCCUUGAUCCGAAAUGUUCCCGUACUGGGCCUUAUUCUGGCUAUUCUGGAGCCUUUAAGUGUCUGAAAGAUGGAGGUGGAGAUGUAGCUUUUGUCAAACACACAACUGUUCUAGAAAAUGACCCAAGUGGGAAAGACAAGUAUGAGCUGCUGUGUGAAGAUGGUUCCCGGAAGCCUGUAGAUAAGUAUCAUGAGUGUCACUGGGCCAAAGUUGCUGCUCAUGCUGUUGUGGCUCGAAGUGUUGAUGGCCGGGCUGAUGAGAUCUGGAGCUUCCUCUCUCAGGCGGAGGCAAAGUAUGGCAAGAACACAAAAGAGAGCUUCAAACUCUUCAGCUCUCCUCAUGGGAAGGAUCUGCUUUUUAAGGACACUGCUUCCAAUUUUAAGCGUGUCCCUCGACUGAUGGAUUCCCAGUUCUACCUGGGCUACCAGUACUGGGCUGCUAUUCAGAGUCUCAGGCCAGUUUCUUCCCUAGAAACUCCUGAAGCCCCUUUGAAAAAGGUGAAGUGGUGCACAAUAAGUAAGGAUGAGAAGGCCAAGUGUGAUGAAUGGAGUGCAGUGAGCGAAGGCAGCCUGGACUGUGCGGUGGGAGAAACCACAGAGGACUGCAUUGCCAAGAUAACAAAAGGUGAUGCUGAUGCCAUAAGCUUGGAUGGAGGUUACGUCUACACGGCUGGUAAAUGUGGUUUGGUGCCAGUCAUGGGAGAAUACUACGAGGGUGACAUUAAACAAUGCAAGAAAGAAGGAGCACCCAGAGUAACAUAUUACGCCGUGGCUGUGGUGAAGAAAUCCAACCCCAAUAUCACCUGGAAGACCCUGCGUGGUAAGAAGUCCUGUCAUACAGCUGUUGGGAGAACUGCCGGCUGGAACGUCCCCAUGGGCUUGAUUCACAGUAAAACCGGGAGCUGCGACUUUGAUAAGUUCUUCAGUGAAGGCUGUGCUCCUGGAUCUCCACUUACCUCACCACUCUGCAACUUGUGUGUGGGCUCAGGCAGCAGCCUCCCACCAAAUUACAAGUGUGCCGCCAACAGCAAUGAGAGAUACUAUGGAUACAGCGGGGCCUUCCGGUGUCUGGUUGAGAAGGGAGACGUGGCCUUUGUUAAGCACACAAUUGUCAGUGAGAACACCGAUGGACAUAAUGCUGCUGAGUGGGCAAAGGGGCUGAAAAGCGAUCAAUUCGAGUUGCUGUGCCUGGAUGGAAGUCGCGCCCCUCCUACUAAAUACGAGAAAUGCCACCUGGCGCUAGUUCCUGCCCAUGCUGUGGUCACACGUCCAGACAGAGCAGCUGCUGUCCGUCAGAUGCUGAUAAACCAACAGGCAUUGUAUGGAAGCAAUGGAUCUCAGAGAGAUAUCUUCCAGAUGUUUCAGUCUGAAACCAAGGACCUUUUAUUCAAGGAUUCCACCACGUGCCUGAUUCAACUCCCCAGUGGAAUAACCUAUGAGCAGUACCUGGGAAAAGAAUACUUUGAUUCUGUCUCUAGUCUCAAUCAGUGCUCACCAUCAGAACUCCUCCAGGUCUGCAGCUUCAAGUCGGACUACGGCCCCCAGUGCAACGAGCUCCAUGGGAGGAGGGCUGGGCUCUCACACCAUGGACACGUGGCUCUCAGCGCGGGGCCGGGGAUGGCGCUGGAGGGCGACAGGCGAAGCGGGCUGCAGCCCUACCUGGACUCGCUGCGGCGGGAGCUGCGGGUGCCGGACGCGACCCUGCUCUCGGUGCUACUGGCGCUGCUGGCCGUGGCCCUGACCCUGCUGGUUUGGAAACUUAUCCAGGGCAGGAAGAGCAGCCGGAGGAACGUGCUUCUGGUAGGCCUUUGUGAUUCAGGAAAAACACUGCUGUUUGUCCGACUGUUAACAGGCACUUACCGAAACACCCAGACCUCCAUAACUGAUAGCUCUGCUGUUUACAGAGUCAGUAAUGACAAGGGCUCUAGUGUGACGCUGAUUGACCUCCCAGGCCAUGAGAGCUUGCGACUUCAGUUCUUGGAGAAGUUCAAAGCUGCAGCUAGAGCGAUCGUGUUUGUCGUGGACAGCGUAGCGUUCCAGCGGGAGGUGAAGGACGUGGCAGAGUUCCUGUACCAGGUCCUGACUGACUGCACCGUGCUGAAAAACGCUCUGCCACUGGUGAUAGCCUGCAACAAGCAAGAUAUCACAAUGGCAAAAUCGGCCAAGCUUAUUCAGCAGCAGCUGGAGAAAGAACUCAACACCUUGCGAGUGACUCGCUCAGCUGCCCCCAGCACCUUGGACGGCUCGACCUCCAGUGGGACUGCUCAGCUGGGGAAGAAGGGCAAGGAGUUUGACUUCUCACAGCUGCCCAUGAAGGUGGAGCUGGUGGAAUGCAGCGCCAGGGGCAGCAAGGCAGAGGAAGGCAGUGCUGACAUUGAUGACUUGGAGAAAUGGCUGGCCAGGAUUGCCUGAAAGCAGAGGGGGUUAGGGGUGGACGCAGAAACUAGCAAAGGGGAAACUAAUGGUAAAGGCACUUAGCAUCUGAUGGGAAAGUACCGAUGGGAAGGGGUGGGGCCCAAAAUGUAAUCUUGCUGUGGAAAGAACUUCAGGUAUGCGCUGGCAGUAAAUCCACUGUUACCUGCACUGGGCUGGGUUUUAAUCAACCUAUGAACAUAUUUGCCACUGUGAUUUCAGUCAGUUGCAGUCCUUCCUAUUCCCAUGCUCCCCUUCUGGGAGGCUGCCCCUAGUGCUUGAGCUGCAGAGAGUUGGGGUAAGGAGCCUCUGGUUGUCCCAGGCAGCCUCCAAAAGAUGGGAAGGUUAUGUUUGGAUAGCAGAAAUUAUUUCAAGAUUGGACUGUGCAGCUGCUCCUGCUUUACCUUGGCAUCUUGGCCCUCGUGCCCAUGGUCUUUACUAACCUCCCUACUCAUGGCAUCUGAUUUCUUCUCCCAUUCCUGUCCUCUGUGAUUUGGGCACAGUGAGUUUGUGAUCUUUGUGCUGCCACAGCUAAAAUGUCCAAUUGCACAUGCUACUGGGAAAUCCCUGCCUGCUAUGGAAUGUACUAAAGCUGCUUUCAUGGGUGUUGGCCAGCAUCCCGCUAUUUCCCCCCUUCCCACCUCCUUUUCAAAAGGAACACACAGCCAGAUUGUCAGAUGUGCUCCGCACCCCUAAGCACCGAUAUGGAAGUGACCAGAUUGUCAGAUAUGCAUAGUAGGGGCUGGAGGGUGCUGAGCAUGUCUCAUGAUCUGGCCACUUUCAUCUGGAUGCCUAAGUGGUUGCUGAACUCUUGGAAAAUCUGGCCCGGAUAGUAAAGGUGGUUGAUGAUCGUUGUGUAAAUGGGGGCUGCUGUUCUGUUUGGCUCUCGCCCAGUCUUUGGUGCUGAUUCGCUUCUGCAGAGUGCACAAUGCUAAGAAAACUCAUGCAUUCCUGUACAUGACUUCUCAGUGGUGUACCGUUCUAUAAUGUGAUCUUCAUAAAUGCACACAAUAGUAUUUGUAACACAAAUGGUCGGUCGAGGUUAAACUUCUGGGAGGCCUGUAUGCCUGGGUCUGAAUAUAACCCAGUUCUCCUUCCCCUGUGGGGCUCCAGCCUGAGUGCUGGAUUCACCUCUCUCCACGUAGACAUGCCCCAGCUUCAGCUCUGUUUUUUCUUGAGACAGAACAGCAGCUUGCUGGUGCUCAGGUUGUGCUCUGGAGCCACCUGUGCCUUUAGCAUCAGGAGUGCAGCACCCAUACUGAGGGAACGGAAACCAGAGCAAUUGGAAGUGAACCUGACUAGCUAGAUGGUGUGUCUCAUAUAGAGCCUUGGCUGCCUAUCUUAUGUGAUGGUGCCCUAAUCUCCUGGUGAAAUCCUGGCUCCUUUUGAAGUCAGUGGGAGCUUUGCCAUUGACUUCAUGGGCCAGGAGUUCACCCUUGAUCUUUAACUGGGGCAGGGUCUAGAAUUGCAGCGGUCUCGCACAAAUAAUAUGUAUUAAAACCCCAUUCAGGUGCAUGUUUCGCCUGUGUUUUGUCUCCCAGUCUUUCGGUUAGGCCCUCUUCUUGCAAACGUACCCAAGUGGGCUCACUCAGUUCAGCACAUUAGUAAGAGGUUUGAAGAACAGAACUGUCCCUAUGUGGGAUCUACAUGCCCCUCUGACUCAGUGAUGUCGUAAGCAGAGUUUGACAUCAGGAUUGUCCUAGAAUGAAUUGUGUUGUCACUUCAGUUGGACAAGGCCAUAAAAAGAGAGAGGUAGGGGUUGACUUUUAAAGGCGUUUUUUGUUGUUUACAGAUAGACAGUGAUUGUCAUAGGAGCCAGGAAUACCUGCACAGAGGGCCUAAGAAGAUCAGUUUACUGACCUGAGUGGGAGCAGUCAUUCCAGUAUAGGUGUUUCUGGUGAAGGUUCUUGAUGACAAAGGGGAAAGCAUUGAAAGUUUCUCAGCACUUGUUACAUGUUUGUCCCCUGUAAUGUUUAAAGCCAAGGGAUCUGUUGUGGUUCCCAGAUGCGGUGCCCUGUUGUGUGUUACAUGUAUGAUGCUUAAUUUUGCAAAGGAACAAUUCUGUAGCAGUCUGCUUCUUCCUGCGGAUGUACUCAGCCCAUUGGGGUCUGGUCCAGGACCUGUCGGAGUCCUACUUUAGCACAUGUUGGAUCUGGUCUAAGAGCUCUUUCCAAAGGUGGAAAGAGUGAACUGACUGACCUUGGGAGUGAUUCCGCAAACAAGCCAGCAGGGUGUUAGCAGCAGAAGGGGAUGGGGGAGGAAGUGGUGGUUUUAAUGGGCUGGCUGAGGAGAUAACGCAUCCUCUUGGUGACCUUUUCCAACAGUUUCCUUCACUCCCAGUGGGGGCUCUGGCAGUGAGCAUUGUCUGUGCCUCCAGUGGAGUCUUCCCGCAGAGCUCACUGAGGGAAUCCUUUGUGAUGCUGGACUGCUCAUCCUGCCUCUGCUUCCUUAAUAGGAAUCUUCUCUGCAAAGAGGUGCUCGCUGACCAGAGGCCACCUGCUGCUUUUUGUCUCCCAGGCAAUAGGCUUGUGGUCUGCUGAUUAUUUCCUCCACACUGUAUCUGCUGAAGAGAGCAGCUGCUGGUACCUGGGAAAUGCCGUUGCUGCGUUUUUUUUGUGGCCGGAUUUGGCAUUAUCUAUAACCCAGCCGCUCUCUUGGUCUAGAGGGUGGGAGGGAGGUGGUGGCUGGUCCUCUUCUUGGCUAUGUUGGUAAGAAUUCAGUAUUUGAACUUUGCUCCUGGUAAAUCUUGUUCCCUCCCCUCCUUUCAGCCUGAUGUUCUCUGUGGGCCCCUUCUUGCCAUGUCAAGCAAUACACCAUGGCGUAUCUUCUGUCAAAGGUUACAUUCUGUAUCCACAUAGUCUUCUCUCUGACAUCUGUACACUCUGCUGUCCUUAGCACUAAUGCGUGUAUAAAGCUAUGCAGCAAGAGCAGAUUGACUUGUGCUACUCCCGUCAAUUGGAGCCAGGUGUUUGUUUGCAAACAGCAUCUUUUCUUGAAGAGAAGUGAAUGUCUGAGCUGGUCUUUGCAUCCAAAACUGCCAAACCUGUGGGACUAGAUGAAUCUCUCUUAAAACUGUGUGACCAGCCCUGUUCCCUGUAGCAGCAGUUGGGAGGAUUAAAUAUACUGCUAACACUUAGUGUAAGUGGAGGAGUGAGGGGGUGGCAUGCUGAACUACCCCUCCUUUGCUUCCCCCUCCACCCUCCCCAGCCCAAACACCCCCCUACCCCUUCCCACGGCUCCCUCUUUGAGUUGGGAAUGCUAAGACAGUAUACUUUCCAACGCCUCUUUGGGAGACAGGUCCUUCCCAGGCUGCUCUGAUUUUAAAACCUGUCCCUGGGCCUAGAGAGAAGCGAAGCAGGAUGCUCAUGUCACAAGCCCAAAGGCUCACAAAUGAUUUUUGUGUUAAGUAUGUUGCACUCUUCAAUUUCCAAGCAUAAACUUUUCAGCAGCAGAAAGUUGCUAGAGGUACUGGUCACCAGUCACAUUUUGAAUUUAGUUAGCCAGGGCAAGGGUCUGAUCUGGUCAGUCUGUACCUGCAAUGCUGAAGCAAGGAAUGAAGAACUUAUGCUUUUUUUCCCCUUUGCUACUAGCAGCCUUCCUCUUGGGAAGCCCCAGGACCUAGGAGCCUGUGUUUGCUUUUAAAUUAUUCUCGGUAAAUGUGGUCACUUAAAUAAAGAAGUUUGGCUCUAUGUUCUCAGUCCUCAUUCAGUGCUGCAAGCAGCCAUCUGUUGCUGUCCUUUCCUGGCUUCUCUUUUCACCAGGCCCACCAACUGGGCUAAGGCAGGCAGAAUGUGGCAGCUCCGUAAUAAUAGGGCACUAAAUAGCCCUUGAGCCAGGGGCAUUUCUCUGAAUGUCGGUUAUUGGAAGGCUUGUUGCCCUCACAACAAAUUUCACAAGAUUUGUUCUGGCUCAGUGUUGUGAAACCGGGGCAAACCUGGCUCCUAUUGAUUGAGCUGAAUUCAGUAAGAAAUCAACUUAUGCUAAAUCAUUAAGUGAGGCUUAAAUCAAAUUUGGUGUGUUUCCAUGCACUUCAUGUCUGUCCGUCCACUGCUUAACUGGCAUUAUUAAACUGCUUUUGGUCACACCAGCUUAACCUCCCUAGAGAUACGGCCUUACUUGUGUCUCUGAGCCCUGGUGCCUUAGCAGUGGCCUUACAGCUGCGUCUGUGCCGUGGCACAUCCCAGCCCCGUGACUUCGUUCCACUGAGCCAGCACAGGGAACCUGCUGUUGCUGCUCAGUUUCCUGUCGUGUCCUGCAGAGACACCUGCCCUGCCUCCUGCCGGUCUGGGAGUAGAGAUGUUCCUUAGCUUGGUGCCCUCCAUAGGCCCUUCCACCCAUAAGGCUGGUGCACCGCUCUGUGAUCAUAGGCAGGAGGGACUGGAGGGGUGCUGCUUCAGUAAAGAUAAGCAAGCUCCUGCCCUUCUCUCCCCAACUGCAGCCUCACUUUGGCUCCCUUCAAAUCAGCUGCACUUAGUGCACAUUUAAGGCAAACUUUCCCUGGGCAUCCUAAGGUUGGGACUCUUCGGUUUCUGUCAGUGUGGCCGUACUUCCAUGAGUGGCCUGCUUAAUUAAAGCAGGGGCUAUGGCAGACUUCUCCUGGGGCUGCUAAUUGGUCUCUUCCUCCUCCACAGUGCAUUACUUGCUAACUAAUUACUUUGCUAAGUCUGUGGUGCAGGGAGGAAUUGGUUCUGGAAGAGGGACGGCCCAGCAGCCAAGCAGCGGUUUAACAUCAUCACAUCUUCCCCUGCAUCAGGCUGGAGAAAGUUCUCCUUUCCCCAGGGGUGAGGUAUGGGGAAAGUCUCCUCUGGCCUGCCAGGAAUGAAGGGUCAUAGGGUGUAUCAGUAAUGACCCUCACCACAGACCAUCAGCAGGGCUACACCCCGCAGCUCCCAAAAAGCAAGUCUCUGCUGUCAGCAGUAGUAGGCUAUUAUGUGAACUAGCUGCUUAGGGGAACGCUGCAAACUUAACUAGUGGUUACCCCUCCUCCAUGCUAGAAGCCAGGAAGUGCUAUAAGAGACAAUGGAAAGCCCUGUUCCCUGACUAGCCAGCAGAUGAGAUUCAGGGGAUGGAGACCAUGGCUUGGCAUUUUCCCAGUGCAGUCACCUUAAUGCUAUUCCCAAGCCCCACCCAGCUGUUGGGGGAAAAGGGCACUGCACUCACUUUGUCCCUGUCGAGCUGGCUGGAAGAGGUGGUUUCAAAUCACGACUGCUUUCAGGAGAUGGACAAGAUGGGCUCAGGGUGUCCUGGGAAUUUAUACUGCUGGUCCUUGGGCAGUUCACCUAGCUGAGCAGCAGACAGGGUGAAGAUGGAAAGAAAUGCCACAAAUUUCCAUUCUGUUUUUAAUAACCAGGCUAAUUGCUUGGAUUAAGCAACUGCCCAUGAAGUGUGUGAUUUAGGGGGGAGCGCAGUGUGUGCAGAACUCUGCUACGACCAGGAGGGCAAAAGCCCUGUAGAUGCUCAGAGCGUGUAGCUCCUAGCCAAGCUGUGAUGUGUCUUUCCAUCCUGCUGGCACUAUCCAUGAGUGCUGCUGUCAGAGAGAAGCUAUUUUCAUUUGGUCUUAGCCAUAUGGGUGAGCUGUGAUGUGUAGGAGAGCUGUACAGCGGUGCAAAAUGGCCAAUGGGAGCUAUGGGGGCAGUGCCUGGGGGCAGCAGUGUGUGGAGAUCCUACCCCCCCCCCCCGCCCGCCUGGGAGCUGCUGCCAGAGAGGUUUGUGGGUUGCUUUCAGUGGUCAAGCACCUCACCCCCUCCUGCACCCCAGUGCCCUUGCCCCAGCCCAGAGCCUGCAGCCACCACCCAAACUCCCUCCCAGAGCCUUAGGCAGGUGGGGGGCGAGGAGGGGUGGGACUUGGACCCAUUCUGGGCACCACCAAAAAUUAUACAAACCUGCUACCCCUGCCCAAUAUCAAGUGGUACCAAAAUAUCCCGAUAUCAAGGAUGGUACAAAAACAUUUCCCAAGGGUAAUAGAAACACACUAACCUCUCCUAAAAGAUAAGGUCAGGAUAACAGUGUGUAAUAGAGAUGUUUUAAUCAAACCAACAUGUACAAGGUGGGUAAUAACUAGCCACGUCAGGGGGCAGUAACUAUGUCAGAGGUGCAGUACAUAACUUGUUUGUAUGGGGGUAUAAAAAUGUAUCUCAGAGGAAGCGUCUUUGUCUAGCCUAGGGAGGAACGGAAAGUCCCGCCAGUCACUGAGCUGGUCCAUUGUUCUGGGCAUACAUGUAUUAGAGAUCCACUAGAGUCUGCGGGAUACUACUAGCGUGCUUUGUCGACAAUAAACCUGGCGUGGUGCCUUCGUACCCUGA